GGAAUGAAUGGAAAAUGCUUAUAACCUAGUUCACUGCUAUUACCAUUAGUAGCGUCGUCUUUGAUCUCUGACCUGGGAGUUUCGUGUCUUCCUGUGGCAGCCGUGGAGCUCUGAUUGGCUAACUUGUUAGCAUGCAAGUGGGCAACGUCUCAGAUCAUCAUCAGUCUUGACAUCCUCCAAUUCUAUCUGUUGUACCUGCUACAGAUUUCUGGCAUCUGUUGUCUCCUUUCCCAGGGCCUCAGGACGGGUCAAGGCUCCCAUCAUCACAUGUCUAGGGGUUCAUUUGUUCUGGAUUCCUUUUUGCUCUCCCUACCCCAGAGUCCUCUGCCUCAGUUUCCAUGCACACUGCUUGAGCUGCCUGCUGCAAGACCCCCACCCGACCAUCUGCUAGAGGGCUUUCUUUGGUGUUUGUGCUGAGACACGGUCUUGCUAUGUUGCCCAUGCUGGUCUCAAACUCCUGGCCUCAAGAGAUCCUCCUACCUUGGCCUCCCAAAGCAUUGGGAAUCCAGGCAUGAACCCCCGUUCCUAGGCGGCACUUGAUUCCUGUUCCAAGAUCUGGGGAAAUCUGACCUGAAGGAAGAUUUGCUCUAAGACCUCCUUGGCCACAUUGGGGUCAGACGUGGACUGGAGGUUUCAGAGGAAGCAGUGGAGUGGCAGGAGCCAGGUAAAGGUGGCGGGUCUCUUGGGGCAACCGGGUCCCCAUGGUAACUUGGCCCCCACCUUGUGGCAUUUGUGAGGUCACCUGCUUCUCCCAGCUGGAGGACGAGAGGGAGGCCAGACAUGGAGGCCCUUCCUCCAGUCAGAUCCAGCCUUUUGGGGAUUCUGUUGCAGGUUAUGAGGCUCUCAGUGCUGUUGAUUCAGAACCGAGAUCACCUCUAUAAUUUCCUGCUCCUCAAGAUCAACCUCUUCAACCACUGGGUGUCAGGGCUGGCCCAGGAGGCCCGGGGGUCCUGUAACUGGCAGGCCCGCCUACCCCUGGGAGCUGCAGCCUGCCCCCUGGGCCAGGCUCUCCGGGCUGGGCUGGCUCUGAUACAGGUCCCCGUGUGGCUGGUGCUGCAGGGACCCAGGCUGAUGUGGGCUGGCAUGUGGGGCGGCACCAGGACCCUGGGCCUGGCCAUGCUCAGUGCCUGGGAGCAGCUGGGCCUGUCUGUGGCCAUCUGGACAGACCUGUUUUUGUCAUGUCUGCACGGCCUGAUGUUGGUGGCCUUGCUCCUGGUGGUAGUGACCUGGAGGAUGUGUCAGAAGUCCCACUGCUUCCGACCCAGCAGGCAGCUCAGUAAGGCCUUGCAAGUGAACUGCGUGGUGAGGAAGCUCCUGGCACAGCUGAGACGUCUGUAUUGGUGGGUGGAGACUAUGACUGCCCUCACCUCCUGGCACCUGGCCUAUCUCAUCACCUGGACCACCUGCCUGGCCUCCCACCUGCUGCAGGCUGCCUUUGAGCACACGACCCAGCUGGCCCAGGCCCAGGAGGUUGAACCCCAGGAGGUCUCAGGGUCUUCCUUGCUGCCCUCACUGUCUGUGUCCUCGGACUCGGAGUCUGGACUAGUUUUGCCAGAGCAAGAAACUCCCAGAGAAUAAAUGUAUCCCCAUCUGCC